CAUGCCCAGCGGCCGCACAGAGUGCCAAGCCGAACUCAUGAUGCCUCUUCCUUCUUCAGUUCCAUUGCCCGAUGGGAUUUCAUGUGGAAGAGGCAGUGGCCCUGGAAGUGCAUCACGUAGCUCCAAUGCCAAUUUCGCAAGAAAAUCUCCAAAGGCUUGCAUCGCAUAACUUCGUUGAGAACCAGCCUAAGCUCCGAUGUGACAGACCGACAGUCCCUCGUAGUCCAGCCUUGCAGGCACUGGAAUCUCAUCGUCAUUGUCCUCGGCAGAGGGUUCAGAUCCUUGAUCAUCAACUUGAGAAUCUGGGCAACACGUUCGCUUCUGGAAAGGCCAUGGGGUGGUGCAACUUCAGGCGAUGUACCAGUAUCACCACUAGGUUCGUCAUCAGAAUCAAUGGUUAGUACAGCAUCAGAAUCACCUUUGGCAGAACCAUAAGCACAACCCAUGGUAGAAUUUGCUUUCGGACUUGCCCCGGGAGAUCCACACUUCAAUCCCUUGAGCUGCUCAAUCAACCGCCCAAGUUUCGUGCUGGCCACACUGAAUGCAGC